AUGGCUUCUAAGCUAAUUGUCAUUCUCGGUGCCACCGGUAACCAGGGCGGUUCUGUUGCGGAGACGUUCCUGCGGGAAUCCGGCUGGCGUGUUCGCGCAAUCAGCAGAAAUCCUCUCGGGUCGAAGGCUCAAGCUUUGGCUGAUUGCGGUGCAGAGGUUGUCAAAGCCGACUUGGACAACCCAUCCUCACUUCUCUCGGCAUUUGAGGAUGCACAUGUCAUUUUCGCGGUCAGUGACUUCUGGGGCUUGUAUGGCGAUCCCGCCAAUAAAGACAAGGCAACACCAGGUCAACCCCUCAAUGCCUGGGCCGCCAACCAUGAGACGCAGCAAUUGAAGAAUGUUAUCGAUGCUGCGGCAAAGGUCAAGUCUCUGGAACGGUUUGUGCUAUCCUCUUUGUCUAAUGCGACCAAGUGGUCUGGAGGGAAAUAUACCCACGUCUAUCAUUUCGAUUCAAAGGCCAAAGCCGAGAUUUACGGGAGAGAGAAUCAUCCAGAGUUGUGGGCGAAAACCAGUAUCUUCCAAGCUGGGUACUUUUUGAGCAACUUCGUCUCAAACCCGAUCACUCUGCCAAGAAAGAAUGGGAACGGAGUUGUCCAGUUCAUCGGGGGUCUAGACCCGGACGUCAAGCUACCCUUUAUUGCUGCGGAAGAAGACUCUGGCCCAAUUGUCAGGGCCCUGGUAUUUGACUCAGCCAGAAAAACUGUCAUUGGCUAUAGAGAUUAUAUCACGCUGCGUGAAUUGAUUGAAAUAUUCUCGCAAGUGACUGGUAUGAAGGCCGAGCCUGUCAUACUACCAAAGGGUCAGUCGGUUGUUCCUUUCCCGCCUGAGCUCCAGGAAGAACUUGAUGAGAACUGGGGGUAUUGGGAGAAGUUUGGAUACGAGGGACGAGGCGAUCUAACAGUCAUACAUCCCCAGGACUUGGAACGAGCACCACAGCUUAGUAGCGUGGCUGAGUACUUCAAGAAGCAGGACUGGUCCAAGGUACUAGGUUAG